AUGAAGUUCUCUACCGUUCUUGGCGUGGCCGCUGCCACUUCUUUCGCUGCUGCCAGCCCGCUGAUGAGAAGGGCUUCCAACUCUUCCUUUGCCAAAGUCGAUGGCUUGAAAUUCAACAUCGAUGGCGUGACCCAAUACUGGGCCGGCACAAACGCAUACUGGCUUGCCUUCACCACUGGAAACGAUGACAUUGACACGGCGCUGGAUCGCCUGAAGGAUGCCGGCCUCAAGAUCCUUCGCAUCUGGGGCUUCAACGAUGUCAACACCGUUCCCACCGACGGAACUGUCUGGUUCCAGUCUUUUGUCGAUGGUCAGGACCCGGUCAUCAACACCGGUGCCAAUGGCCUUCAGCGUCUUGACUACGUCGUCAAGUCUGCCGAACAACGCGGCAUAAAACUUGUCAUCAACUUUGUCAACAACUGGACCGACUACGGCGGCAUGGCUGCCUACAUGAAGCGCUUCGGCGGUUCGGCGAACCCAGAGUGGUACGCCAAUGCCGACAUCCAGGCUCAGUACAAGAAGUACAUCAAGACUGUUGUCUCUCGCUACUCCAACUCGACGGCCGUGUUUGCAUGGGAACUGGCCAACGAGCCCCGCUGCAACGGUUGCAACACCACCGUCCUCUACGAUUGGGCAAAGGAAACAAGUGCUUAUAUCAAGAACCUCGACCCCAACCACAUGGUCACCAUUGGAGAUGAGGGAUUCGGAGUCUCGGGUGGUGACGGCAGCUACCCCUACACGCAAGGUGAGGGCAAUGACUACAACAAGAACCUCGAGAUCGAUACUCUCGACUAUGGUACUUUCCAUCUGUACCCCGACUCCUGGGGCCAAAGCAACGACCCGUUCGGCUCCGAGUGGGUGGAGGCCCAUGGAAAGGCCUGUGUUGCUGCUGGCAAGCCUUGUGUGUUUGAGGAAUACGGUGUGCAAAGCGACAAGUGCAACGUGGAGGGCAAAUGGCAAACGACGGCGCUGGCCACCGACGGCAUCGCUGCCGACCACUUCUGGGAUUUCGGCACGACGCUCAGCUGGGGCAAGACCAACGACGAUGGCAACACCAUCUUCACGAACUCGACUGACUGGACAUGCCUGGUCACGGACCACGUUGCCAAGAUUACCGCCUAA